AUGUCUCACGUUGUCAACUACCACACAAGGAUUCUUCACCUAAAGUGCGCUUCACGACACGAAAGGACAGCAACAAACUAUCGCUACGCCUCCACACCCGUCGGCAACCCCGUGAUCCCAGACUCGGGCUAUUUCAAUGACCUUGAAGAUGGCCUGAAGGACGAGCUGCCAACCGCAGUUCAAUGUGCAGUCCAUUUGGAGCUUCUAGAGGUCUUCCAUGCCCUCAAGAUCAGAAUCAUCGAGUGCGAGGCCCUUGACGGUAUAUUCGGGAUCAAGGCCCCAACCAAAACUAUUUAUCGCCGCAAGUACAUGAAGACGCUGGACAAGUACGUCAACGACAAGGUCACGGUCAAGGUUGAGGGAUGGGAGGCGAAGCGUGAGAAGAAAUGGUCGCGGUAUCUUGACUUUGCCGCAGACAGAUUUGUUGACUGGGCCAAGGUGAUUGACAAAGAGAUGGCCGCGACAGAGGGCAAUGAAGAUCAGAAGUUGGAGAUUCGUCUUCCAUGGCUACCUCCCUUGGAUGUUCUCAUGGUCUGGCAUGCUUUUCUGCUCAACCCUUCUGACUAUAUCAACUACUGUCGAGCCGAAUCUUUGACUCGGCUUCCCAGACUCUCAUUCCCCUGGACACGAAUUCAUGAAGCAAUCGACGCUCAGGGCCCCGGAUACAGAGCCUGGUUCUAUCAAUUGCCCAAAGACAAUGAAGACUGGCUCAGGAACAAAGCCUACAUCGACCCAAAUCUCCAUCAGUAUCUCGUCAACCUAGGCAAACCCAUCGGCUUCACCAUGCGGUCCGGAGUCUCUAGUCAGAGUAAGCUGGAUAAGUCUCUCAUCGCCAACGUUGAGCGGCAGAGCGUCUUUGUCGACAAGAUGCACGCACACCUCUGGAUCCGGAGUCCGGGGCUUGGAGGGACUAUGAAUAGGGCAAUUGAGCGAUAUGAAAACUUUCUCGAGCUGUUUCAGUUGUAUCCUGGCAAGAUGCUCGUUCCAAACCUCGAUAUUGAUCUCGUGUGGCACACAAACCAACUCUCAGCGGCAGGAUACAAGGCGACAAUGGAGUCGCGGUGUGGACGCUUCAUCAACCACGACGACAAGAUCGGAAAGCCAACGUUGAGGAACGGCAUGUCCGACACAGAGAGCCUCUACCGGAUCCAUUUUGGGGACGAAUACUCUGUUUGUCUCUGCUGGGAGUGUCAGGCCAUUGCGUCAGCUAUAGAAGAUGCAGACAAGGACGGCAACCUGUUCGAGACAGGGUCUUUCCUAUUUGCCAGCAAUAUCACCGACAAGGUACAGAGAGACGUUGACUACUAUCGGGCUGUGGAGAUUGCCAGGCGAAAGAACUUUGUCAACCUUCCUCUUCGUCCUUCAUAA